AUGGUGCUGUUAACUCCCUCCACCGUGUCUUCCAUUAUCUCCAUGGGGGUCAUCUUUAUCUUCACAUUCCUCUUAUUCCUGUCCGGCUACAUUCUCCAGCAGCAAUCCGUCCGAAGCAUCCAACAAGCCCUCAAGCCUCCCCCAGACUCCUCAUACCCCCUCGCCAGACACGGAUCGAGAUCGACAUAUCGGAAUGCCAGGAGGGACACCAGUUAUGACCAAUUAUACCACGGCAGCAACAAUGACAGACAGAAAGGGAACAAUGGUAACUACGCAUACGUCCAACUCCUCUCCACCCCCGACCCCUUGAACAUCUGCUCCGCAAUCCUCUUCUUCCACAACCUCUCCAAAAACGGCACAGCAGUUCAAGACCGUCUCUUCAUGUAUCCGCAAGAAUGGGACCAACCCUCGUCCUCCAAGAACAAGAAACUUUCGAAACCCGUUUCAAAGGCCCUUUCUCUCCUUCGCUCCGCAAGCAUUAAAUAUAACAUUUGGUUAUUGCCCAUCGACAUGACAGCCGCGACGUCGGCGGGUUACGCACCCACAGAUACGAAACUGCUUCGUCUGGGGCAGAUUCAGUUCAUGCAGUAUGACAGUGUCUUGUAUGUACAGACGCCGGGGUUACUGCUUGAUACGGGGAAGUUGGAUGAUUUGUUCUUGUCAAGACCGUUGCCGCAACGGUAUGACCAGAAUCGACGAGAUUCGUGGGAUAAUGAAGCGUGGAUCUCUAUGCCAUUGAAAGCUGAACGGGAUAAUGCGCUCCCACCUGUGUACCUGGUCACAGUUAGCAAUGUUGGCGCUGGGCAGGUUGAGGCACGGGGGCAUAUUCCCAAUGGGACACUUCCUGGAUUUGGGCAGCUUGCGGCGGGUCCGGAGGCUGCGCAGCCAUCUAAGGGUGAUAUAUAUGGCAAGGAUAGACAGCCGGGCUAUAUCUUCUUCGAGCAUGAUGGUGAUGGAUAUGUUCAAUGGGCCGGCAAUCCGCUUUACGGGACUUGGAGAGCAGGGCUGCAUGAGGUAUGUGAUGGAGUUGAUCUUGAUGAUGACCUAUGA